AUGAGUGUAGAGGAAGAAUACAGAAAAGCAUUAGAGAUUCAGAGAAGGAAUUUUGAAGCUCAGUUUGGGUCCAUAGAAGAAUUGGGAUUUGAAGAUAAAUCAAAACAACAAUCAGACUCCCCUGAAUCAAACUCAGAUUCCCCAUCGCAUGAUGAUUCCAGUGAAGAUGAUGAAGAUGACUUUGGAGGAUUUGAUUCUGAUUCCGACGUUGGUAAUAUAGGUCCAUCCUCGGAUGAUUAUUCCAGCGAGUCCGAAGAAGAAGAAGUUAAACCAAAAAUUAUCCGUCUAAAUGGUACAGAUGACUCCGCCCCACCACCAGUAUUAUCCAAACGAGAAAAGAAACUCCUCAAGUCAGGUCGAGCUCCCACCUUGACAGAAAUUGAAAAACGUGAAGCUGAAGCUCUCAAACUCACCAAGAAGCAACAACUCAAAGCAGCAAAAGAAGAUGAAGAAAAUCUUGAAAAUGAUUUGAAAUUACAACGAUUGCUUAAAGAGUCUCAUAUAUUAGCCAAUUCUCUCCAAUAUUCAGGAGCGGAUUUGACAUUACAAACAAUAGAUUAUGAAGAUCCUACUGGGAAAGCCAGGAAACGUGCAUUGGAUUCCCGUAUUCGUGAAUUAUCGAGUGGUGUAACUACUUCCAAGAAGAAAUUGGAAAGUAUGCCAAUGGCCAUGCGGAAAGGAAUGAUUAAGGUUAGACAACAUAAGAUUGCCAAAUAUGAACAAGAGGCUAGAGAUGCAGGCAUUGUGUUAUCCAAGGUUAAGAAGGGAGAAAUGAGAGAUUUGGAUUCUGGUAGAGGAUCAACUUCGGCCAGUGAUAGAUUGGGAAUGGGGAAUACCAAAGGAAAUAAUAAACGAAUGAGAGAUCGUGGUUUAAAGAUUAAUGGAAUUGGAAGAUCUACAAAACAUGGUUUGAUUAUUUCUCAACGAGAAAUUGAUAAGAUAAAUAAGAUUGGUGGUUCAAGAAAGAAAUUUAAAAAGAGGUAG